AUGGUUCGCCAUAUGUUUGCAUCACUUCAUAAAAGAGAACUUUAUGAGUUGUUGCCGGAAAACUUAAAGAAUUUGGAAAUAGCAGAGCUUCGCUAUUUAUGUGUUAAAGAGCUGAAUGGGAUGUCUAAAAAGAAUAUAUACACUAUUUUGAAGGGGAAAGAUUUUGUCGAAAGUGAAUCUGAAGGAGAGAAAAACGAAGCACUUACUAUGAGUACUGAUAUUAAAACACUGAAAACUGAGAUUGCUGUUGCUGAUUCCACAACAGAAAUGACUGCACCGAAUUUACCUGGUGUUUUUCAAACAGUCAGUACAGAUGAUAUCACUGCCUGCAACAGUAUCAUGAGCACUUCAGAAAUCCAUUUUGCUGCAGUUGAAAGCAUUUCUUUAACCAAGACUCGUCAAGAAAGUGAAACUGUUAUUCAGUCCGACUUCACUUCAGAGUAUAAAAUUUCAUCAAGUCACUAUGCAGAUAUAUUUGAUAGCAAAGACACAUCAAGCCCCAACCAGGUGAAUGCAGUUAUAAUGGCAAAGAAUGAUGACGAAUUGGAAGAAGGAGAAGUUGUGAGUGACCAAGAAAAAAGCACAAAAUCAGACAAAGGUGACCCGUUAAAGGGGCAUCAACAUCUCACUAUCCAUAGAGACCCUUUUGCUGGUAAUCUACAUGGUGAUUCAUCCCCGACAUCAAUGUCUAAAAAGUCAGGGAAUUCUGGAAAUUCAGCCGAUACUAAUAAAGCACGCGAAGAGAGAAGGCUUCACAUGCUGGAAUUGGAGCUGAGAGCUCGUGCCAUUGAAGCGCUUAUCAGACGGAGUGACAGUAAGUCAUAA